AUGUUCCCUUGGUUGGCCACCGGUUCUUUUCUAAGCCGUCACGAUCGCAUUGUACCCAAUGCCAAAAGCAUUGGUGUAAUCAGCUCUGCAGUUACGAGGAGGGCGGCUGCGGCAGCAGCUGCCGCUGCUAAUUCAGCGCAUAUUGGAGCUUCUGGCAUCACUAGUGUCACUCCCCCACAAACGCCUCUUGUGCCUGCCCUCCGUCUUGUGAUCAAAUCGGCUUCAGCAAUAGCAGCUCGAAGUGCGCCUUCAACCCCGCAGGCUUCUAGUCGGCCCUUUUCUUCCGGCGCUCAAACGUCGAUUUCUGAUUCUCAAGCAGAAAGCAUAUCAAUCACACGAGAUGCGCUUGAUGAUUUUAUCGUUAAUACUGCUCAUAUCAAAGGCGGUUAUAGCGCAGCCCCCAUUAACAAAAAAGUUUCCAAUGGAAUUGGAUUUGGUUCUAGAGCUAAAGAGACAAGUGGUGGCCUUGGUUCUAAACGCGACCUCGUUGUGCAAAUAGUCACUUAUACCGGCAGUGAACCGUCGAGAUCGACGGGAUCCGAGGACAUGCGUAUAUCGGCAGGGCCUCGAAUUGAUGAACUGAGGCCUGAGUGUUGCGCUUCAUCAACUAUUCCUACAAUGCUAGUUAAACGAGAGCCUAUUGAUGUAUUGAUUAAUCACAUGACAACUCAGGAUUGUGAAAGACCAACCACACGACGACAGAACAACCCACGGCGUGAAGUGGCUUCA